GUUAUUGGUACAGGUCUAUUUUAGUUGAAAUUACAGAGAGAAAAUAUAUGAAAACCGGAAGAAGCAGAAAAAACCGGUAAGCUUUAUUUAUACAACACUACUACGCGGCGGCGGGCUUGUUAUUGAGGCGGGAGAAUGGCUCUGCCCUUCAGUGCUAAGGGUCUGAGGCCCUCGCAGGUGGUCUGCGCUAUAGUUUUCGUGAGGAUUCUGUCCGUAUUCCUGGUACAAACUUGGUAUGUGCCGGACGAGUAUUGGCAGACCCUGGAAGUGGCCCAUAAACAGGCCUUUGGGUAUGGAGCGCUGACGUGGGAGUGGCAAAAGGGGAUAAGGAGCUACCUGUAUCCUAGUGUUGUGGCAGUAUUGUAUACUAUUUUGAAGUAUACUGGACUGGAUUAUCCCGAGGCUGUGGUCAUUCUACCCCGCAUUCUCCAAGCAUUGCUAAGCUCCGCAGCAGACUACAGUUUCUACAAAUGGACCGGCGGCCGCAAAUGGUCCCUAUUCCUGAUCCUGACGUCUUGGUUUUGGUUCUACACGUCCGGCCGCACCCUGCUUCAGACUGUGGAGACUGCGCUGGUUGCCAUUGCCUUGUCUAAGUUCCCAUUCAAGGAUGGAAGAUUGGGUUAUUAUGAAAAAGAAAACAACACAUGGCUCUGGCUUGCUUUCAUCAGCGUGUUCCUCCGGCCCACAUCCGCGGUGCUAUGGGUCGUGCUUGGAGCCUACAAUCUGUUCACCACCAACCAAGGGCGUUUGCGACUAUUUGCUCGCACAUACAUUCCUAUUGGCCUCACUGUCGCGGGUCCUCUGAUCGCCUUGGACUCGUACUUCCACGGCAGUUUGCUUGUGACCCCCUGGGAGUUCUUCCGCUUCAAUGUGCUACAUGACAUCGCUUCUUUCUACGGGCAGCACCCUUGGCACUGGUACCUCUCCCAAGGCCUCCCAGCGGUUCUCGGCAUCAACCUAAUUCCCGUUCUACUGGCAACAUACUCCAUCCUCCGUCACCCCAGAGAGAACAAAACGGGCCUACUGCUUCUAACUGCCGUCGCACUACAUGUAGCAUUGUACAGUUUCAUCGCCCACAAGGAGUUCAGAUUCGUCCUGCCGCUGCUGCCGAUCCUGCUGUAUUUGUCUCAAGACGUCAUUGUGCCGUGGAGUAGGAAAGCCAAGAAAUGGCAAAUAUACCUCGUUGCCCUGGCAGUCCUCGUCGGCAACGCCGUGCCAGCUUUAUACUUCGGCCUCGUGCACCAGAGCGGCACGCUCAAGGUCAUGCCGCUGCUGCGAGACUCCUUGCCCAACAACCGCUCGUCCGUGCUGUUCAUGAUGCCUUGCCACUCCACGCCUCUAUACAGUCACCUCCACGUAAACAUCACAACCCGCUACCUGAACUGCGACCCGCCCAUCGGCAGAACCGGCGACACCUACGAAUCAGAAGCCUUCUUCCACAACCCCCAGGCGUGGUGGCGUAGAGAAUACAACUCCAGGCAACCGCCUAAUUUUGUAGUACUAUUUGACGUGCUGAAAGGCAGAGUCGAGAGUUUGCUGACUGGAUAUAGACAGAUAUAUGAACUGCCCCAUACACAGUUCCCCGAAGGCGAGGUGAGCGCGAGCGUGCUGGUGUACCAGAAGAACGACCGACCCAAGCCUGGCGACGACACCGUCUAACCUCUGUUAGUACCUCCUUACUAUUACAAUACUAGCCUGUGGAAACGGCCCUCUCAACACAUUUUCAUUACAAUAUAUAUGACUUAUAUAAGUGGACGUAGUUUAGCAAAAAAGAUCCAUCCCCUUAAAUUUGACAUAUAACCUUUUCGACGCCGUGUCAAACACAAAAGCUGUCACUGGGACGCCACGUCGCCGAAGCACAUGCUCGUAGUCUAUGUUGUUCUGUGGUCUUUGACUGAUUAAUCCGUCUUUGGCGUUGGACCUGCGGUGCCGAUAUAUCCGUCAUUGGCGUCCAAAAGGUUAAAUUAAUGUCUUCUUUUUGGCAGAAAGUUAAAAUUCUAUUGACUUGUUUUUGUGGAUUGGACCUUUUCCCCUAAGUUACGUCCAAGUAUGAGUCCAAGCCUGCGAAUAGACGAAUGACGAGGCGAAUUGAAAUGUCAAUUUUUUUCUGCGUUUUCACAUUCGAAUUCCCUUUCGCCUCACCGUUCACACGCAUGUGGGCUUUUAGAUUUGAAAGAAGGAACAAAACGGCAAUAAAGAAGAAUGACAGGGAUAACCAGCGGCCGAGGCUAGAUUUGAAUCAAAGAGAAUUGAUUGUAAUAGAGAGGUAGUCUAAGAAAAAAUCGUGUCCCGUAUUUUGGCAUCCAAAACACUGCGCCAUGUGUUUUGCGGUCACUGAAUUGUCAAACGACAACUUUUGACAAUCAGAGUUACCGUAUAAUGUAUGGAGUUGUACAGAGCCAUCUCGUUUACCUGUCAAAUUCGAAGCACGAAAAUGUCUUAGAUUUUACACAUCUUACUCAAUCAAUAUAUCUUUGAUUUGAACUAAUCCACAGUUUUAGCGACUGAUGACAUAACCCUUUUUAAUAUAUGACUUAUUUUCGAUUUAUCAAGACAAUUUAUUACAGUAAAUUAUAGAUUAAUUGUAUUAAAGAAUGAAAUAUUUUAGAAAUAUGUUUUCGAUUCAUGAAUGAAAUUUGUUUGGAUUUGAAUUCUACGAAAGGUAGCUAGUAAUGUUUUUGUAAACUUGACUGCAAAAAGAUAAGGUGUACCUACAAUUAUUAAUAAAAAUCAUUUGAGCCAAGUCUUACGGCCUGGCCACGAUAUCGCGCGGCGGCGGCCAUAGGUUGAAGCGAGACAGCGAUCGGACCUUUCGUUCCCACCUAUGGCCGCCGCUCGCCGCUGCCGCCGCCGCGCGAUUGUGGCCGGGCCGUUAGGGCCAGUACAGACGGACUGCAACCCGACUGUAAUUUGUAUGGGAAUUGCGUGCCGCCUGCAACAUCGGCCCUAACCGCUCAUCUUAAUACAUUAGAAAAUGUCUUGAUAAUUCAUUGUUUCCUCAGACAGUGAUAAAACAGGUUCUAUGAAACAUAUUGCAUUUCAACUCGGUGCCAAGAGUGAGGUAUAGAUUAAUUAUUAUUACGAUGGACUGCGUGGGAGUUUUGCCCCAUCCGUUUUACUUUAGAAAAAAUUUAGAAUCAACGGGGAUGUGUACUGGAGACGUGAAGACAUUGCUAGAUAAAUAAUUUUGGAAAUUGAACCUUAUUUGUGACAUAUUAAAGUCGAGUUUAGAGGCUACUUGACAUGUUAACUGUUUAAAAAUUAACUAAACAAAUCAAUCGUAGCUCUUAAUCUGUUAACCACAAACUGAUUUUAU